AUUAGUUUCGAAAUGAGAGAGUGAUUUAAUAUUUGUGUCAAUUGGAUUAUACGCUUUAAAUAAGUGGAAGUUGUGUCCUAAAUGAGUUCAUAUAUAAACAGAUUGAUUAAAUCAAUGGAAAAUUUAUAUAAUUAUUUAGUACAAAUGAUUCAAACACGUGAGGAAAGGAACGAAGAGUUAGUUAGGCCCGAAAGUAGUUUUGCGUCUUUGAUAAGUAAGCUCGAACAAUACAUCAUUCCUAUUCAGGCCCUUUUAAUAUGGGAACGGCCUUACAUUAGUGCUGUCGUCUUAAUCGCCGUCAAUAUAUUAUUUUGGUAUAUUGUUUCUCUUUUUAAACGUGUAUAUUCUUUUGUGGCUAUAAUAACACUUAUAAUAUUUGGAUAUAAAAUGGGUAUCAGUAAAAUUUGGCAAGAGAUUAGAGUGCCACCAUCAGAGGAUGAAGACAGUGAAAGUUGGAUUCCUGUACAUCCAAAAGUUCUCAGUGCUCCAGAAUUAAGUCACUAUUUAGAUGAAGGUUGGAAGUAUAUUAAACAGUGGGGAAUUUGGUUACAGGAUUUGAGAAAUAGAAAUCAUGGAGUUUUUUGUUUCAUUAUUAGUUCUGUGUUUGGUGUAUUGGCUUUCAUUGGACAUAUCAUACCAGGAGUUGUGAUUACUUAUACGUUACUGAUGACAGUCUUAUUAGGACCUGGUAUCGUCUUGUUUGUUCUACCACCAACUUUAUACGAUCAAUUAAAAGAUGUUAUAUUUCCUACUGUUAAAAACCAGAAUGCUUCCAGUGGCCAAGAUAAUGAAAGUGAAACAGAUGAAUUUCUUCCAAAUACCAGUGCUAUUGGAGAAUUUUCUCUAUUGCAAGAAAACAUUUUAACAAAUGAUAAUCUCUCAGAAGUUCAAUUUGAAGAAGCUAUUGCCAAAGAGUUAGGAUUAGAAUCAUUAAUUGGUGAAGAGGAUGACUUAUCACUAUAUCAAGGUCUUGAAAAUUUUCCCAGUGUUGAUGAUGAUGAUGAAAGUGCAGAUGAAAUAGAAUUACCUCAACCAGAAAAUGCAAAUGGAGAAGACAACUUAAUUAAUAUUGUUCCAACUUAUUAUAAAGAAGACAGUUCUGACACCGAAAAUGAAGAAUUAUUUUCAGAAGGUUUGACAUUUACCGAUGUGCUCGACACGGAUUCUAAUUCAAAUCAUGAAUCAAAUAACAAAAGUAAUAAGCAAACUUCCGAAAAUGCUCUCCACUCUUCUCGGCAUAGUGACAUUGAUAUUGAUGAGUACGAAAUUGUCUCCAAAUCGGAUCUGACUUCUUGAUUUAAUUUAUAUAUUUUAUAUAAUGCAUGUUAACUUUAUAGUUCCUCAUUUGCUAAUGUUCGUUCUUUGUUUUUUAAAAUGAUUUAAGUCCAAAUAUUUUUGUUUUUGAUAUUUUGUUAAGGUCCCAUGCAAUCAUUAUGUGAAUAUAUCUCAUUUUACAUUUUAUAACUUAUUAUUUCAUUACUGUAGAAUUUUUUUGAAUUAGUUAUUGAAAUUCAAAUGAUUGUGCUAUAUAUUUAUAUACAUAUAUAUAUAGAUAUAAAGGCAUAUAUAACAAAGAAAAAUUAAGUUAAACUUUAAAAAUAUAUUAUUCUGAUUUGAAAAAUAUAAAUUUUCAUAUCACUCAAACCAAAAUUUACCUCCAAAUUGUAGAAUAAUUCUAAUUUUUUGAGAAAUAAUGUAGGUGCCAUCUGACACUUUGAAAAGAAAUGUGUCUUUUGAAUGAGUUGUGCCUUUCAUGAUCGAAAACAAACCCCCAAAAUUACUAUUUUUAAUUAUUGGUGCAUUAUUUUAUAUAUGUUGUGAUAUUACCAGUGUGAUAAUUUAAACAUUAUAUUACAGAAGUUAAAAGAUAUUUCCUUUUUUAUUUCUAUUUAUUAUAUAGUUUAUUAAGUUUAGAAUAUAUAAAAAUGCUGAAUCAAACCACAGACUUAUAAUAAAAAUUAUAAUCUUCUGACGCUCAUCCUCUAUACCAAACACAAUGUACAUUUGUGAUACUAAAAUCAUAUAUUUUUAAAUUUAAUGAAAAAACUUAACUAUUCUCCCACAAACAGUGCCAACCCUAAAAUUUAUUAUUGAUUUCUCUAUUUUUGAGUUCUUUUUGAUUUAUAAUCUUGGCAUAUUCUAAACCUGAAUUUAAAUCCAUUAUUUUGUCUUUCAAUAUAAUAAAAAUGUGUUAAUAUAUUUUGAUUUAAAUCAUUUAUUCUGAAACUAUCUGUAUAAAGUUCUUUUCACAUAAUGUUAGAUCAUGGACAAAUUAGCUGUGAUUUUUCCUUGUACUUCACAUAGGUUAUUGUAUAACUAUUUUUGUGUAUACAGUAAAAUUCUAAUUUGUGUUAUUUCUGUAAAUAUUCAAUAAAUUGCAGCUAAUACUUUGA